UGUCAAUAAAGUUGUUUCCGCUUCCGUUUUCAGAUUCGGAGAAGGUAAUAUAAUUUUUAUUAGUGCAACAUGGUAACUACCCGUAAAAUUAUUAAAAAGCACGUAAGAUCAUCAAAAUUGAGAAGUGCACAGAGUACAAAAAAAGUUAAGAACCACAUAAACAAUAAUAAAAAAUUGCAAGAUGAAAAAAAUAAAAUUAACCAAACCAGUGAAGCAUUGAAACGUACAUUAAAAUCUUCUGGGAAAGAUAAAGUACAAAAUAAGAGAAAAAUUACUUCACAUGCAAAAGCAAUUUCUAAAAUUACAGAAUCACGAAAGCGAAAAAGAGAAGAUAACAUUAAUAAUGAAGAAAAUUUGGAUUAUAUAGAUUUGAAUGACUUGUCAAAGGAACAUAUAUUACAAUGCAUUAGUGUAAUCAAUCAUUUGACUGAAGAACAAUUGAAAAAUAACAAUGCAUUAUUUGAUGAUGAAAAUCAACCAAUAUUUGUGCAAGUAACAUGUAUUAGAGUACCUAAAACUCCAAAAAGAUGUAUGAGAAUAUUAUUACCACAUUCAAUAGUGUCAUCAAGUGACGAAGUAGCACUUUUUGUUGGUGAUCUUCAGAAAGGUAGAAGAAAGGAUUAUGAACCAACAAUAGAACAUUAUGCAGACUUGUUACGUAAUUGCAAUUGUACAAAAAUAAAGACUAUAAUACCAAUGAAUCAAGUGAAAACUGAAUAUGAUCAAUAUGAAUUAAAGAGAAAGCUUGUUGGUAGCUAUGAUCAUUUCCUUGUAGAUGGAAAAAUAGCUGGUCAUUUAUCUCAUUUAUUAGGAAAAGAAUUUUACAAGAAAAGGAAAUUACCGACAUCCAUCAGAAUGCACAGUAAAGAUUUAAAACAUGAAAUAGAUUAUGCUUUGAGGAAAACUGCUAUGCAGAUACAUUCUUGUGGUGAUACUCAUAUAGUUCAAAUUGGACAUACCUCUAUGGAAAGGAAACAAAUUCUAGAAAAUAUACUAGCAACAUGCAGUUAUUUAUCUAAAAAUUAUCCAGGAGGUUGGGUUAAUAUUCGUUCUAUUCGUAUUAAGACAUCUUCUAGUCUCAGUCUUCCUAUAUAUACAACAUUAAAAAAUAAAUGUUUGGUUAAAGUGCCAAUAGUCCAACCUAAGAGACCAAAAGCAUAUCGUAAUGUGUCAGGAGAACUUACUACUAUAAAGAAUGUUGCUAACGUAACUGUUACUCCUGAAGGAGACGUACAUAUUGAAAAUGAAGAGAUUCUUCCUUAGAAGAGAAAUUAACAAAACAAAUAAAAAUUGUAAUUAUUUUUUUAUUACUUCAUUAAAUCUAGUAAACAAAGUUAAAAAAUUA